AGGAAGCCGCUGCAUGUAAACAAAGAAGCAACAGCAGUUUCGAUGGAGCCAACCGCAGUUAAAUAAAUGAGACAUUGAACAGGGUUUGCUUUUUUCGAUCUGAAGCUGAAAGUCUGUGUGUGUGAUGGGGCUCCGCUCCGACUGAACCGGAACCAGCAACAUGUCUAUGGAAGAUCCAUUCUUCGUCGUCAAAGGUGAGGUGCAGAAGGCUGUCAACGCAGCACAGAGCCUCCAUCACAGAUGGAGCGAGCUGUUGCAGGAGGGGGGCGGGGCCUCCAAGGAGGAAAUGGACUGGACGACCAAUGAACUGAGGAACAGUCUGCGCUCCAUCGAGUGGGACCUGGAGGACCUCGACGAGACAAUCAGCAUUGUUGAGUCCAACCCAAAGAAGUUCAACCUGGAUGCAGCCGAGCUGUCCAAGAGGAAAGCAUUCAUCACUACCACCAAACAUACUGUAAAGUGGCCAGUAACAUCCUCUACGCUGUAGUGUCCUGGGGAAGAAGGAAAAGGCAGCUAAUGCCAAUAGAGAAUAAGCUCAUUGGGACAGCUGGUCUGGAGUCUGUGGCUGACGGAGAAAAGGAUGCAGAGGAAAACACAAAGUAUCCUAGACAAUGCCCCUCUGUUUCAUGUAGCUUGCGGUCUAAUGCCUUGCUCAAGGACACUUGUUCGAUUAGUUGGAUGCCUGCUGUCUGUGGGUUUCACUUCUCUGAACGGUUUGGGGGCGAAUGUGUCCAUAAUCCCUGUCAAACAAAGAACAAGUGAAAUCCAAACUGUUAUGUGAAAAAUAAACCUGCAGAUGGAGACCCGCGAUGAAAUAUUUGUUAAUCUAAUCAGGCGUGGUCAUGACAGGUCAGAUGUAAUAUUUGAUCCGAUGGAUUGUGUACGCUGCUUUUUCCAAUACACUGUAACAGUAUUAUAAAUUCAUAGUGUGUGUUUCUGUUUGUAUCAUCCAAAAACAUGACUGAAUGUCCUCUUGUGUCACCACCCUCUUCUAUUCACUAACAUUGUCUCUGCAGUGCACUGCUAAUGAGCAUGUAGCUAUAACAAAAGGCCGAGCACUGUGCCUUUAAUGCUGACAAGUGUAGUGAUAAUAAUCACACACAGAGGCCCCCCUGUGAACACUGUGGGUUUUCUGGUGAGUGAGCCUAUAGAAAUAUACCACAUCAGACACACACCAUAGCUCUACAAGUGUGCAGGAAGCGUCCCUCCCUCUCUCUCUCUGUCUGUCUGUCUAUCAGUCUCUCUCUCACAGACACACCCACACAACACUGGCGCCAACAGGCAAAUCCCCCCCCUUCCACCCUCUCUUCGCUGACCUCUAAUUAUGUCAUGCAAAAAAGCUGUGUCCCAUUGAAAAGCUCCCUUAAUCAAACCCAAUUAAUUCCGCUAUUUUCCCUUAUUGUUCCUUGCGAGGAACGCGUCUCUCCAAUAAGACUGUUAACUCCAGCCGGGGCCCUUUCAGAUCUACUGGGUUGCAGGAGCGAAAUAAUAGACUGUGCAAUUAAUCAAUUAGUCAUUAUGGUCUCGGUUGUUGUUAAUGAACACAGUAACUGUUAGGUGAGUUAGGGCUUCCUCCAAAUGACUAGUCUUCCUAUUAGAAAUUUAGUCAUUUCAUGAUCGUGAUCAUUUCAGUAAGAUAAUUGGUGCACACUUAUAAUUACCAGGCUACCUGUAUGUUCCUAAUUUAUUUGCAUAGUUGUUUUGGGCUUUUUGGUUUGACUAUAGUUUGACAACAAGAAAACUAGCAGACAAUUUCAAAUCAUUAGCAAAAAGUGUACUUCUCCCACAUUUCAUUUACGUUGACGUUUUGCAUUUUCACUAUUGACCUCUUCCUGCUCAAGUUACUGAACGUUGACCAUUAAAAAACACACUAUUGGAAUAAAGCUCUGUCACUAAUG